AUGGCGUUCAAGAGCUCUGAAGAGUUUCACGACGAGGAACAUUUACUAUGUGAUGAUGAGAAUGACAGAGGCCACAAUGAGCGACUUUCAAAAAACGUGCCCCGGGCGAAACUACUCCCAUAUUCCGCUGCGUUCAACGUUGUGCUACUCUUGGCACUACUAUCAACAUGGGCAAUCUCAUAUCGAAAGUUUGCACAGCCAAGAAUAUUAAAUGCAGUUUACUCUCCAGCUGAAUCUGCAAUCGAGUACAAGACAGUUGUCUUCACAGGGGGUCUACAUGGUGAUAGAUCUGCCUACCAGGGAUACUCUGAGGAAGUCAACGAGAGGUGGAAUAGACUUUUCAAUGAGAUUGGCAUCUCCCAGAUUCCAGCGGCCAUGGCAGCUCGACUCCCCAAUGCCACAACACCAACCGCCCACGACCCGAAGCAAUACAUGGUUGAACUGGACGUCUUCCACCAACUCCACUGCCUGAAUUUCAUGCGCAAGAUUGUCUAUCCGGAUGUUUUCAAAAUUGAUCUAACGCCUGGCUCAGAAGAGGGCGAGGACAAUAUCUAUCACCUGGAACACUGCUACGACCAGCUCAGGCAGUCCAUUCAGUGCGCAUCAGACAUAGGCACUAUCUACUGGGAGUGGAGUGAACCAAAGCAAAAGAUGUUUGGUAAUCUACGAACGACGCAUACAUGCAAGAAUUUUGAGAAAAUAAGAGAAUGGGCCGCUCAGCAUAAAUUGGACGAGACUUUUGACCAAUUUCAUAAGGUUGAGGGGGCCCCAAUUCGGCAGUCAAAUUAG